UCCCCUUGGACUAGAGAAAGAGAGAGCAAAUCCUAGAACUCUGAAAGAAGCGGGGCAGGACUCGAGAAGGCGGCGAGGGAGGGAGAGGGCGAGGGGGGCAGGGGGAGAUGUCGAUCCUGUGGGAGAAGAGCCCGGCGUGGCGGUGGCUGGUGGGGCGGACGCGGGACUCCAAGCCCUUCUUCUUCACCUUCGCCGCGCUCUGCGGCGUCGUCCCCGGCGUCGUCGGCUACGGCGUCAUGCAGCUCACCAGCUCCCGCAACGACAAGCUCGAGGCCCACCUCCGCUCCAACGCCCGACCAGAGACCACGAUGAUGGGACAAAUCAAUAGGGAGAGACUCGCAGAGUUUCUCGGUGAGAUACAAAGGAAGGAGAACACAAAUGACAGAUACGUCGCUGCUCUUAAAGGGGAGACACUGACAAGGAAGCGCUAUGAACGUAUCCAGCCCGUCCCCCAGCAAGCUGCACAGGAGAAUGCGAAGGACCAGAAAGCUACCCAGGAGAAUGCCAAGGCAAAGUGAUUGGUGCAUGGUUGACGACCAGGCUGAAAUGUGCAAGUGAACAUAAAUGAGCUGUAGCUCCAAAAGCUUCAUGAGUUGCGGAACUCUUUUUUUUUUUGUAAGCGUCAUUAUCUACCUACCUGCCUUUGAUUUAAUCAUGGCACUGCUCCAUACAAAAAACUGAAAAACUUCAAAGACAGUGUUGAAUCAUGUAAAUGUUUUACGCGCCUGUUACGUGGUAGUAAUAUUUUAGGAACCUUCACACUUGAGUCGAUAUCCUGGUGUGUUGUUGCGUCA